AUGAAUAGCAAGGGUUUCCACAUGAGUUUCUUCAGAUGUAGCAAUAUAUCGAUUAGCAAUGUCAAGAUACAAGCCCCUGAUAUUAGUCCCAACACCGAUGGAAUUCAUAUAUCAAAUUCAAACAACAUUCAAAUAUUUAAAUCAAAAAUAGCAACAGGAGAUGACUGUAUUUCCGUGGGUCCUGGAUCUAGAACCAUCAACAUUACCAAUAUUAAAUGUGGCCCGGGCCAUGGCAUUAGCAUUGGCAGUCUAGGAAGGAGACCAAAUGAAGAGGAUGUUUAUGGGAUCACCGUCAAAGAUUGCAACUUCAUAUCAACUAUGAAUGGUGUCAGGAUCAAAACUGCGAGUCAGCCGUCUUAUCCAAACACUGCUUCCAAGAUUAUUUUCGAUAACAUUCAUGUCAAUAAUGUGUCGAACCCCAUUAUCAUUGAUCAAUAUUAUUGCCCGCAUCGCAAGGAUUGUAAACAGGAUUCAUCAAAGGUUAAGAUAAGUGAUGUUACAUUCAACAAUAUAUGGGGGAUGUCAAAAACGAAAAUUGCAGUUGACCUGGAAUGCAGCCAAGCAAAUCCAUGUCAAAAGAUUGUGCUUAGAGACAUAAACAUGGAUUAUCAUGGUCUUCCAGGAAAACUUGCCACUUCUUUUUGUUCUAAUGUUCAGGGAGAAGCUUAUGGAAAGCAAAAGCCACCCUCUUGCAUAAAGAGGCCAUAA